CGCAGACACUGCGCUGUAUCACCCCGAACGACUGCUCGCAUGCGGGCUCGACACGUAGCGCACGCCGUCCCCGCCUUCCCCGUCUACUCCGCCGCCUUCCUCUCCCCCUCCGAGCUCCUCCUCGGCGGCGGCGGCGGCUCCUCCAAGAGCGGCAUCAAGAACAAGCUCAGGCUGUACCGCGUCGAUGAGUUCCUCUCCAUGAAGCUCGCAGACGAGCUCGAGCUCGACGCAGGCGAGGACGCCCCGAUGAGCAUGGCCGUCGACCCUUCGACGCGCAUCCUCGUGUGCGGCAUCAACAGCACCCCGGAGAAGAUGGAGAGCGGCCAGAACCAGAACUGCCGUCUGUACGCCGUCGGCGGCACCCAGAUCAAGCCCCUCACCGCGCUGGGCACCCUCAAGUCGGACGACCCGGAAGACUACCAGCGGGUGACGACGGUCUCCCCGGACGGCCGCUACGUCGCCGUCGCCGGCACACACGACCUCACCGUGCUCGGCCUCCCGUCCCUGGCCCCGAUCGGCACCCGCCUCGAAAAGGACGAGAUCUACGACGUCGCCUUCUCUCCCACCUCCGUCAUCGUCGCGACGACGGCCAACCUCCAGAUCUACGCGCUCCCGCCUGGCGACGACGACGAGUCCGAAAAACAAACACGUGCGUCGAAGGGCAAGGGCAAGGGCACAGACAAGGGCGCGCCCGCGGCGCCGCUCAAGCACCUCCGCACCGUCGAGCGGCCGAAGCUCCCCGGCGGCGAGCCCCAGAGCGCCUUCCGCGCCGCCCGGUUCAACCCGCAGGACGCGCGCGCGUUCUACACGGUCGUCAACACCGCGCCGGCGCGCGGCAAGGGCGCGCGGGGCGCCAAGGCGGCGCCGCGGCGCGCGUACGUCGUCAAGUGGGACGCGGGGGCGUGGGCGGUGGAUAAGGUGAAGAAGGUCGGGGAUAAGGGCGUCACGUCGUUCGAUGUUAGCGCGAACGGGAGGUGGCUUGCGUAUGGGUCGUCGGAUUUUACGAUCGGGCUGCUGGACGCGCAGACGCUCACGCCGCUCCUCUCGAUCCUCAAAGCGCACGAGUUUCCGUCGACGACGCUCCGCUUCAGCCCGUCCUCGCGGCUGCUCGUCUCGGGCAGCGCGGACAACACCGUGCGGAUGAUCGCCGUGCCCGAGACGCUCGGCGACAGCGCGUGGGGGAUGUACUUCGUGCUCCUGAUGGCGGUGUUCGUCGUGCUGUUCGCGCUCGCGGUGCAGCUCUUCGUCGUCGGCGCGCUCUGAGCGACGGCGGCGCGUGGCCUGGGCUUGGGUGCUGUUCGCGCGGCGUGGUGGAGGAUGGUGGAGCUCGUAGCAUUUUGUCUUUCUAUUCUUUCUCUUUCAAUGGGACCAUCGCAGAAUACAUCCGCGCGCCC